AUGCUGCGUGGUUUGGAUCAACUGGCGGCCCUUGACGGGAGGAUGGAAGACGUUUACGAUGUAGGCCAUGAGCUGGGGAAGGGAGCCUUUUCGGUGGUGAAGCACGGCAGGCAUCGAGAAACGGGCGAAAAUGUCGCCCUCAAAAUCAUCGCUGCAGCAACGUUCGAAGGCAACAAGCGAGCUCAGGAGGCGAUACGAGUGGAAGUCGAGGCGAUGCAGCGAAUACGAGGGCAGAUCAACAACCCGUCCUUGAUCGUAAUGAUCGGGGUGUUCAGCGAUCCCUCCAAGGUGUCGAUCGUUCUCGAGGAGCUGAACGGCGGGGAGCUUUUCGAUCGAAUCGUGUCGCGCGGGCGUUACACGGAGGGACAUGCCUCGCACCUCAUCUGCACGCUGGCUGGUGCCCUGGCCCAAUGCCACGAGAAGGGAAUAGUGCACAGGGAUGUGAAGCCCGAGAACAUAAUGUACACCUCGAGGGACGAUGACACCAAAAUCAAGCUCACGGAUUUUGGGCUGGCGCUGCUAUACCCUGGGGCGUCGGUAACCGUGCACGAUGACAACCUCGUCGGCACCCCGGGCUACGUCGCUCCCGAGGUGCUGUCCUCCCGUCUCUACGGUCCACCGUGCGACGUUUGGGCGUGCGGUGUGCUCCUGUACAUCCUCCUCGCGGGAUACCCCCCGUUCUAUCCCUCCGCGGACGAGACGCUGUUCGAGGUCAUCAAGCAGGGAAAAUACUACUUUCACCCUGACGCGUGGGACCUCAUUAGCGCAGAGGCGAAGGAUCUGGUGUACAGGAUGCUGACGGUAGACGUGGAAAAGCGGGCGACCAUGGCGGACGUUCUCAAUCACCCGUGGCUCACCUCGGCGUGCGAUCACGAGUACGACCACCUGUCAGACACUAUCCACCGCCUCAAGGCCUUCAACGCCAAGAGGAAGUGGCGCGCGGUGGCGGCGGUGGUAAUGCUGGGGGCCAGGCUCGGCCUGAAGAAGCGCGCCCGCAGUUCGAGCGAGGGAGAGCGAGAGGACAAGAACGGAUUUUCCGUUCUCGAGCUGGAAACCCUCAAGGAGGCGUUUCUCUCUUCCGCGGAAGGGGGGGUUCUGAGCAGGGCGCAGCUGGCCUCUGUUUUCUCGGACGUCGGUUUCGGCCCGGUGCCAUCCGACCGGAUGUUCGACCUCUUUGAUACGGACGGCAACGGCACCGUGGACUACGGGGAGUUCCUCGCUGGGAUGGCAUCGUUCAAGCACACCGGCGACAAGGCGUUACGCUUCUGUUUCGACAUCUACGACCUCGAUGGAGGGGGUUCCAUUAACCUGCAGGAGCUCAAGUCUGUGCUUUCGUGCGUCAUGCGGCCUCAAGACAUGCAAGCCAUGUCCGGUGGUGGUGGUGGUGGUGGGGUCGACGGGGGGGGCGAGGAUCACGACCGCAAGCUGAGUGAGCUGUUCAAGAGGUUGGAUAAGGAUGGAAACGGUACGAUCGAUUUCGAGGAGUUCAAGGCCGGCGCCAAGAGAGAGCCCCUCCUCGUGGAAGCGUUCCUAGCACCGGUGCAGCAGGGGUCGCUCGCCACAACGCCCGCGGCGGUGGGAAGAAGACAGAAAGGUUCUGGCGGCCCGGCCGCUGCCGGUUCAUGCCAAGCGGCGGUUGCAAGAUCUGACGCAAAGAACAACGCCGCCGGCAACUCCUCGCCGGACGCUAAACAGCCCAAAGCUGGUUCGCGUGAAACUGCCGCCGUUCCGGAAACGGUGGCCUCUGGUGAGGAGGAACGGUCGUUGAAGGCAGCAGCCGACCAGCGAGAUGGUGGCGUGGACAAAGGCGGGGAUACGCUGAGCGGCAAACGGUGCCGGCUAGAGGGAUCGGACUGUGGAGGGGGCACGCGGUAGCGGAGAGGAAUCUACGUACAACAGAUGGGACUGACGAACAGAGGGUAAAACGUGUCAUUGUUGCCACAUGGUUCCCUUGACAACGCGGGCAUUCCCACCGGAUUUCGGCGUCUCCGUCUCGGAAUAAUUUAGAGGUCAUUAACGUUUUGGUAUUUAUUUCCGUGUAGAUUCAGUUGCCGUUGUUCAUAAUUUACGCCUUGGAUAUGUGGGUAGAUUGAUUGUAUUUGUCCCAAUGUUCGGUGUCGUCCGUCCACUUUUGUGAGUCUUCCCUUUACCAUAUUUUAGGUGAAUGUCUCCGUUCCUACUGUUUGUAUCUAGCACCACAUGAUGAUUGUCGCUUCGAGAUUUUCUGAAGUGUCGCAUCUUUCCACUUGUCAAGAGAUUGUUGUUGUGGUGCGUCUAAUUGUGUUGAGGGUAAGCGAGAUAGUCAAAUUGAAUGUUUUUUGUCGAAGACCGAAUAUGCUGUAGUUUGUUUGUGUGCGGAAGAAUUGGGAACAUCUCCCAGAUCGACGUAUGUAUUUGGGUUCUUGUUGUGCCGCCCUGGAGGUGUGUUGGUUCGGAUGUCUUGGUUCGGUUUUGUGGGCUCUCACAAAGAGAAAGGGGUAACGGAGGUUUCGUUCUGCUGCCUUGCUGCUCCUGCAGCAAGAGUAUGAUAGACGCGAGUCCACUGGGCCCAAGGGCCACGUGUUGAGGAAUGCACAGUGUGUUAACACGUAGCCCGCUUCGGAGGGUCACGCGGCAUAGGAUGGCAGCAGCUAGCUACAUCGAAGUUCGGACCAUAGCUAGCAAAGCUUUGCUCACGGGCUGAGGGGCGAGGGCAGGAUGGUGAUGGAGCACGCUUGGCUGGAGCGCCCAGCCGAGGGACUACUACUACUCUGGUAGUUGUGUUGAGGGUAAGCGAGAUAGUCAAACGCUACCUCGUGAAAGCACGUCGUUAAUCCGUGAGAAGGAAUCGUGAAUAGGUGUAGUUUUGUUCUCAAGGGGAAUAUGGCGACAAAGUGCGUGUCGUUCUGUUGUAUUUGGUAGAAGAAUAACGACGAUAUUGUAGCUCUUGCUCGCAAUUUGUUCGGUACAUGUUUUUGCCCGGGACGUUGCAAUGUAGGGGCUGUGCAAAGUUGGAGCAGAUGCUGACUCUCCUCAAGAAGCAGUGAGGCGGGGUCGACAAGUCGCGAAAGAGAGAAGAAGAGGUUCGGGGUGCUUGCGAAAUACUUGUCAUACUUUGUAUAGGAGUACAGAGGGCGAUUUGCACUCGCAAGUGUAGCAGAAACACAGCUGCACUACGCAAACGUUGUCCUUGUGAAUUUGGGCAUCCACAGUCGACGGGACAUCG